AUGAUAACUCUAAAAAAAAUAUUUUACUUUUUUUAUUUGACUUAUAUAAUAGUCAAAAAAGUGGAAGGCUUAGAUAAUAGUGUUGUGAAUUAUGAUAAUUAUACUUUAUAUCAAUUUGGAAAUUGUAUGAAACAACAAUAUAUAUACUUUCUUGAAAGUAUAUACAAAUUAUGUUAUUUGUGGAAAACUAUAGAUGAAAAAACCGUUUCUAAAAUAUUAGUUCAAAAAGGUAAAGAUAGUUCUUGGGAAGUUAAAUCAGAACUAAUUUAUAGGAAUAAGGAUUUGAGUUCUUUGUAUUUUAGUUAUGUACUUAAUAAAGAAUUAAUAGUUUUAAUGUGUUAUUCGAAUUUUCAAUUAAGAAAAUAUGAAUGUGUUCGUUCAGUAAGUCAUAAUGGUAUUAAAUUUAAUACAACGGAUACAAGUUUUUCUAGUGAUCCGCAUAGUGAUUCUUCAAUGGAUAAUUAUUCUUCAUUACCUUUUAAUUUUUCUGGAGUAAAUUAUUUAUUAAUAUGUUCUUUGAAUAAAAAUCCAUCUCGAGAUGGAAGUCUCAAAUUAUUUAUUACAUGUAGUGGUAGCAAAGAUAAAGGAAUAACAUGGAAAACAAUUUUCCGAUUUUAUUAUUCUAGUGACUCAUCUUUUAAAUAUUAUAAAUUAGCACCUAGAAUAAGCGAAGGUUCAAUAGGUUUUCAAUAUGUUAAACAUAAUAAUAGCACAUGGACCCAUGAGUAUAUUGAAUGUAAUCAUAGAAAAGAUUAUGAUUUUGAAUGUAAAAAUAUAGAUUUACAAAAAAAAAAUAAAGUUUUACAAAUAGCUUUGAAAGUAGGUAAUUAUUAUGUUUCUAGUUAUAUGGGUAAAAAUAAUUAUUUGUGUUACUUAUAUUAUACAUCCGAUAAUAUUGUUUUAAUAAAAACAAAAAUUAAUAAAAAUAAAAAAGGUGAUUGUAAUCCUCGAGAUCUUAUUAUGGUGGAUGAUUCUAAGGUCGUGUUAGUAUAUGCUGACGGAAUGAAUAUAGAUGGUUUCAGCACAUAUCGUUUUAUUAAUAAUUAA